GGGCGGCAGUCGAAGGGAGCCAGGCCCUGGUUAGAUCUGGUGGUGCGCCGCGCCCCUGGCGCAGGCUGAGUCCGCCCCGCCGGCCACCUACGCGGCUCCAGCCGCGAUGACCGCCCCCGCGCCGACCUACGUCACAGCGGAGCCCCAGCCGGUCACGUACACUGCGCCGCCCGUAUACGUCACGGGCGGCGCGAGCAUCACGGAGCCCGCGGGCGGGCAGCAGCUCGUGUAUCUCCAGCAGCCCGCGCAGGAGCCCGCGGGGCAGCAGGUAUACUACGUGCAGCAACCGGCGCAGCAGCAGACGGUCACGUACGCCGCUCCACCCGCCGUCCAGUACGUGGACGAGAGGGGCAACCCAGUACAGUUCCUGGAGGCUCCCCAGCAGCAGACGGUCACGUACGCCGCUCCGCCAACCGUCCAGUACGUGGACGAGAGGGGCCAGCCGGUCCAGUUCCUGGAGGCUCCCCAGCCCGCCGUCCAGUACGUGGACGAGAGGGGUCAGCCGAUCCAGUACAUGGAGGCUCUUCAGCCCGCCGUCCAGUACGUGGACGAGAGGGGGCAGCCGAUCCAGUUCGCUCCGCAGGUCGCGCAGUACGCGCAGGCUCCGCAGAUGCUGACGGCGCCCUCCAUGCUUGCACCGUCCUACCAGAUGCCCUACGCCCAGUCCAUGGUCGCCAUGCCGACGGCGGCGGAGCCCGCCGGCACGCUCGCUCCCGAGACGGCCGCGGCGACCACGGACGCCGCGCCCACGGGGGCCAAGCCGUCCGCUGGCAAGACGGGCAAGGGGACUACCAAGAAGGCGGACAAGUCGAAGGUUACCAAGAAGAAGAAGGGCGCCUGCUGCUGAGUCGCCCCAGCGCCGCCGCCCGACGUUGUCGGCUGGCCGACCUGUGGCGGGUGGUGGUCCUCGGGGCACGGAAUGGGGCGGGGGGUCGACUGGAUUUUGUUGGAAGUGCAAGUAGGCACUGUGCUGAGUGCUUCUGCGUGGAGUCGGUACCUGGUGCCGCCGCCGACGUUUGAAGGUGUAGCGCAAUCUUCUACCAGGCUUCGGCAUAUGCUUUCGAAGUGUGCAACGAUCUCUUCACGCGCGGGCGCGCGAGACCGGGGAAGUCCCCUCAAUGCAAGCCAAAUGAGAGCGUGAUUGAGCUCCUGUUCCUGCCCGCUGUAGCGGCUGGGCCGUGUCUGGUGGCAGACCUUUGCAGCGAGGCGUUGCUGCUCAAUCGAUGGGAAAAUGGG